AUCGCGUCAAGAUGGGGCUCGGACGCACACUGUGAAAGUGCAAAAUGCGGGCCGUCAGUUGGAUCGGAAGCGCCGCCAUCGCCAUUGGCACGUGCGCUCUCAUCGGACCCGCGCUCGUCGCAUGGAAGCCGCCAACGCGCUGCGCCCACGUCCCGUACCCGCUCGCGCGCGCCGACGGCGCCGCCGACGACUUCGUGCGCACGGGCAUCAUUGGCCUCGACAACAUCAUCUGCACCUUCACCCACUUCUUUCACGACUCGCAGGCGUAUUCCAUCGCGCCGCACGUCGAGAUGAUCAACCAUCUCCUCUCGAGCGCUCUCUUGGGCGUCGCCCUCUUCAUGGGCCUCGAGUCGACGCGCCAGCGGGCGCGCGGUCCGUGCGCGUGGCCGGCAUUCACCGCGACCAUGUACCAGCUUCUUGGCAUCUCGGUCGUCUUUCCGAUGCUUUGGAUCCCGUCCUUUCUCUACUCGUACCCGCAGUCGCUCGCCCGCUGCUCGCGACAAUCGCACUCGGCACCGCUGCGUUCGGAGCCAUCUUUUUUCGUCAUGACCCACUCGACCGGCCUCGACUUUCAGCGUGCGUUUGUGAUCUUCCAGUUCUGGCCCAGCGUCUUCCCGCUUCUGUGGCCAGUGCUCCGCGCUGUCGUGCCCGCGCCCUCGACCAAAGCCUCGGCGACGACAGCAUCGAGCGUCGCCAGUGGUCUCUACCGGUUCUUUGCGCUGGCACUGACGCUGCACCACUGGGGGCUGCUUGUCGCGCCCUUGGUGCAUCGCGGGUCCGUCGCGCCGCUAAUCGACCUCUAUGACUUUUUGCUCUCGAUGCCGUUCGCCGAGAACGAAGCGAUUCCCUUGUGGUUCCUUCUCGUCGACGCCGUCUCGCUCGUCGCGUCUAUGGCGCUUCUCGUGGUCACCGAGUCGACCAGUGCGCACGGUUUUAGUCGCGCGGCGCUGUCGCUGGGCCUUUUUAUGCUGACCAGUAUCGUCCUCGGGCCCGGCGCCGCCUUUAGCCUCUUUUGCGCGUCGCGCGAAGACGGCAUUCGCGCCGUGCAUUGGACCACGUCCACAAAGACCAAGCGCCGUUAG